AUGGUCUCGAACAUGUUGGUCAUCAAGGUCGUUGGAGAGACCUUCCUCCCAGACCAGAAGAUGAGGUCGAGCCCCCCCACCCUCGAUCGUAACGAGUUUCUUGGAUAUCUAUACGUGGCGUUGAUCGAAAAGCUUCCAUACAAGGGCCAGAAUGCGGCUCUUAACCAGACGGAGACCGAGCGCACACUCGAUGAAGGGCUGGCGAUCGAUGUCUCUUCUUUACAAAUCAAGCUCUCAAGCUCGGGGGCCUUUUCGCAUCUAGAGGACAAGGCUGGGAAAGAACAAGGAAAGUCGGAGGAUUCUACAACUGAAGCAACGUCUUCCGCAGACGCGUCGAAGGAAGGAGGCAGCCACCCUUUCGAGAUUUCAGUUGCGGCGAUGGAGGAGCAGCUCUCGGGAGCCAGAUUCGACUUCACCAACCACUUAACCUUCCAGAUCCUCAAACGCUUCUCCCAGCUCUCGGGGUUUCACAUACCCGACCCGGUCCUCAACGCUGUUCUACGCGGCAACAAGACCGUCUUAGAUUUCGUCGAACUUUUGACGCAGUCGUCCAAACCAAAACCCAAAUCCGUGGCCGAAGCUCUGAUCGCGAAGCAAAAACAAGCCCUGGGCCUCGAUGCGCCAGCGCCCACUUCCGCCAAGCCGAAGAAAGCCGCCCAGCCACUGCCACUCGGUCCAAACGUCAUGGUGCUCUCGCGGCGCGAGACACCUGUGGACAAGGAGAAGGAAGUCGGUCGGUGGAAGGUGAUUGAGCGGGAACUCAGGGCUCGCGGUUUGCCCGUGCUGGGGCACAAGGUGUUGGCUCCGCAGGGCGAGCAGUGGAAUGAAGCAUUGAAAGAGAGGAGGUUAUAA